UGUUCUCUGCUUUUGCUUAGCUUUUGGACAAACAGUUCAAAAACUCUCCACUUUAAGAAGUUAGGCCUCAGCUUUAUAUUGGCUUUUCAUAGCCUAAUUUCCUAAAAUGUAUCAGUGGUUAAAUGACAAUAAAUUUCCCAUUAAAAUUAAAGUUCCUAAAAAUUAAGAAUUUUGGUGUAUUUCAAAAAUAAUGCCAAUUUCUUUGACAGGUGGAACUGGUGUCAGGAAUUUAGCAUUAAUUCCAAACAUAAAGCAAUAAACAACUUGGGCCUCUAGCUAAAAGUGAAAUUCUAUAGGUAGAAAAACUGAUUGACCCCUACCACGCAUAGGUGCUGUCCUGCUAUGGAAUCCCUUUGCUCAGUUUUCUCCUGUCCAAUCAGGUGGAAUGUUUCACAGGCACAUGGUUUAUACAGCUCAAAAUAACUUGGGACCUGUGAGCUGACAAAUGCUCUGGCUCCGGUGGUGACAGGUUGUCCAGCUUCUUACAGCCAUCUUCACUGAAACUAAGGUUAACUCCUCGCUCUCUAUGGACGGCUACUCUCGAUUUCCAAGGGCGUGAAGAAUUUUCUUUUUCUCCUGUGCUUUCAUCUAAAAGUUCUCCUUGGAUAAUUAUCAUCACGGUGGAUUGCCUGGGUUGGACAUCCUCAUCUGGGUCAACUAAAAAAAAGAAAGCAUGCAAGACGACAGCGUAGAAGCUUCUACUUCCAUAUCUCAGCUUCUAAGAGAGAGUUAUUUAGCAGAAACUAGACACCGGGGAAACAAUGAAAGGAGUCGAGCAGAACCUUCCUCCAACCCUUUCCAUUUUGGCAAUCCUUCUGGAGCUGCUGAAGGAGGAGGAGGCCAAGAUGACCUUCCAGAUCUUUCAGCCUUCCUGAGCCAAGAGGAAUUAGAUGAAAGUGUCAAUCUGGCAAGAUUGGCCAUCAAUCAUGACCCUUUGGAGAAAGCAGAUGAUGCUCAAGCUAGAAAACGCCUUUCAUCUGAUCAAAUGAAACACUCACCUAAAUCAAGUUUUGACCCCAACUGCUGUCAGGAUAACUCUCAAGGUUCUACUAGCUCUAGAGAGAGCUCCCAGGAGGCAAAAAGGCCACAGUAUAGUUCUGAAACCCAGUCCAAAAAAGUAUUCUUAAAUAAGGCUGCCGAUUUCAUUGAAGAGCUGUCUUCCCUUUUCAAAGCCCAUAGCUCCAAAAGGAUUAGACCUCGUGCCUGCAAAAACCACAAGAGUAAAUUGGAAUCUCAAAACAAACUUAUGCAGGAAAAUAGCUCCAGUUUAUCAGAUAUCUCAGAAAGAAGAGAAAGAUCUUCUGUUCCCAUCCCUAUCCCUGCAGAUACUAGGGAUAAUGAAGUGAAUCACGCCCUUGAACGGCAGGAAGCUAAGAGGCGCGAAGCUGAGCUGGCUGCCAGUGAGGCAGCUGGUGGAGACACCACCCCUGGGUCUUCACCUUCAUCUUUGUACUAUGAAGAACCUCUGGGGCAACCUCCCCGGUUCACUCAAAAGUUACGGAGCAGAGAAGUUCCAGAAGGAACCAGAGUACAGUUGGAUUGCAUAGUGGUAGGAAUUCCACCACCUCAAGUAAGGUGGUACUGUGAAGGCAAGGAGCUUGAAAAUUCGCCAGACAUUCAUAUCGCCCAGGCAGGAAAUCUGCAUUCACUGACCAUUGCUGAAGCCUUUGAGGAAGACACAGGACGCUAUUCCUGCUUUGCUUCUAACAUCUAUGGGACAGAUUCAACCUCUGCUGAGAUUUAUAUAGAAGGGGUUUCUUCUUCUGACUCAGAAGGGGACCCUAACAAGGAAGAGAUGAAUCGAAUCCAGAAGCCAAAAGAAGUAUCAUCUACUCCCACUACUUCUGCAACCAUUCCUUCAGCAGCACCCCAAGCCCAGCAUGUGGUGGCCCAGCCCAGUGUGUCAACCAUCCAACAGUGUCAGAGCCCUACCAACUAUCUACAAGGAUUGGAUGGAAAACCUAUCAUUGCAGCUCCUGUGUUUACAAAGAUGUUACAAAAUUUAUCAGCCUCUGAAGGUCAGCUGGUUGUCUUUGAAUGCAGAGUCAAAGGAGCUCCAUCUCCUAAAGUUGAGUGGUAUAGAGAAGGGACCUUAAUAGAAGAUUCUCCAGAUUUUAGAAUUUUACAGAAAAAACCGCGAUCCAUGGCAGAACCAGAGGAGAUAUGUACUUUGGUCAUUGCUGAGGUGUUUGCAGAAGACUCUGGGUGCUUCACCUGUACGGCGAGCAACAAAUAUGGCACAGUGUCAAGCAUCGCACAACUCGACGUAAGAGGAAAUGAAGACCUCAGAAAUAAUGGGUCUCUUCACCCAGCCAACUCCACCACCAACCUGGCUGUUAUUGAGCAACAGCCAUCCCCACCCAACCCAGAGCCUCCUUCUGUGGAACAACCCCCUAAACCCAAACUUGAAGGGGUUCUAGUAAACCAUAAUGAGCCCCGGUCCAGCUCGAGGAUUGGGCUCCGUGUGCACUUCAACCUGCCUGAAGAUGACAAAGGAAGUGAAGCAUCUUCUGAGGGUGGCGUGGUGACCACCAACCAGACAAGGCCUGAUUCUUUCCCAGAGAGAUUCAAUGGACAGGCAGCAAAAAUCCCUGAGCCUUCUUCGCCUGUCAAAGAACCCCCUCCAGUUCUGGCCAAACCCAAACUUGAUUCCAGCCAGCUACAACAGCUUCACAACCAAGUCUUACUGGAACAACAGCAGUUGCAAAACCCAUCUCCUUCAUCUCCUAAGGAGUUUCCUUUCAACAUGAGUGUUUUGAACUCCACUGCUUCCCCGGCGGUGACAAUGUCCAGCAAGCAGGUGAAGCCCCCUUCAUCACAGACUUUCAGCUUGGCCCGGCCAAAGCAUUUCUUCCCCUCUACAAAUACCACCGCAGCAACUGUGUCCCCUUCCAGCUCUCCAGUGUUCACCCUGAGCAGCACUCCUCAAACCAUUCAGAGGACAGUGAGCAAAGAAAGCCUCUUAGUUUCUCACCCCUCCGUGCAAACCAAAUCUCUAGGAGGAGUUUCCAUCCAAAACGAGCCACCCCCUCCAGCUCCAAUAGAGCCAGCACAACCGCCACUCACAUUUGCCAUCUCCAGUGGAAACCAGUUUCAGCCCCGCUGUGUUUCCCCAGCUCCCGUCUCUCCCACCAGCCGGAUUCAGAACCCAGUGGCUUUCCUCAGCUCCGUUCUGCCUUCUCUCCCUGCCAUCCCACCCACCAAUGCCAUGGGGCUGCCUAGAAGUGCACCAUCCGUGCCAUCGCAGGGACUAAUGAAGAAAAAUACAAAGUCUCCCCAACCACUGAAUGAUGAUUACAUUCGUGAAACUAAGAAUGCAGUGAUUCUUGACUUGGGGAAAAAAAUGAAUUUCAAUGAUGCCAGAUCACACCAGCAGGAGUACAAAAUUUCAAGCUUUGAGCAGAGGCUGAUGAAUGAAAUAGAGUUUCGCUUGGAACGUACCCCUGUUGAUGAAUCAGAUGAUGAAAUCCAACAUGAUGAGAUCCCCACGGGCAAGUGUAUAGCUCCCAUCUUUGACAAAAGACUCAAGCAUUUCCGUGUUACAGAAGGCUCUCCAGUGACAUUCACCUGCAAAAUUGUUGGGAUACCUGUUCCAAAGGUUUACUGGUUCAAAGAUGGGAAGCAGAUUUCAAAGAGAAAUGAGCACUGCAAAAUGAGGCGAGAAGGAGAUGGCACCUGCUCUCUGCACAUUGACUCCACCACCAGUGACGACGAUGGCAACUACACUAUCAUGGCUGCCAACCCCCAGGGGAGAAUCAGCUGUUCUGGCCACUUGAUGGUACAAGGUUUGCCCAUUCGUAGUCGACUAACAUCUGGUGGUCAGUCUCACAGAGGAAGGUCCCGAGUACAAGAAAGAGACAAAGAGCCCCUACAGGAACGCUUUUUCCGGCCACAUUUCCUGCAGGCUCCUGGGGAUAUGGUAGCUCACGAGGGGCGCCUGUGUCGACUGGACUGUAAGGUGAGUGGCUUACCGCCCCCAGAGCUGACGUGGCUGCUCAAUGGCCAACCUGUGCUACCAGACGCCUCCCACAAGAUGUUGGUCAGGGAGACUGGAGUCCACUCUCUGCUCAUUGACCCACUCACUCAACGUGAUGCGGGGACGUAUACAUGCAUUGCUACCAACAAAACUGGACAGAAUUCCUUUAGUCUGGAGCUCACUGUAGUAGCCAAAGAGGUGAAGAAAGCACCUGUGAUCCUGGAGAAACUGCAGAACAGCGGCGUUCCCGAAGGCCACCCAGUGAGGCUGGAGUGCCGUGUGAUAGGCAUGCCGCCACCCGUGUUCUACUGGAAGAAGGACAACGAAACCAUCCCUUUCACCAGAGAGAGGAUCAGUAUGCACCAGGACGCAACAGGGUAUGUCUGCCUCCUCAUUCAGCCAGCCAAGAAAUCUGACGCUGGAUGGUACACGUUGUCAGCCAAGAAUGAAGCUGGCAUCGUGUCGUGCACUGCCAGGUUGGAUAUAUACGCUCAGUGGCACCAGCAGAUCCCAACACCCAUGUCUGUCCGGCCCAGUGGCAGUCGCUACGGAUCUCUCACCAGUAAAGGACUUGAUAUUUUCUCUGCCUUCUCCUCCAUGGAAAGCACAAUGGUGUAUUCAUGCUCUUCUCGGAGUGUAGUGGAGAGUGAUGAACUUUAGGAAUGUUUGGGUGCCUGCUGUAUAAGGGGGCGGACUGUGGAGGGGGAAGGAGGACAAGCCAGAUACAGUGGUUUCCAAGCAACUGGAUUUGAGUAAGUUCCCAUGCUGCUGGACCCUUGGCAAGAAGUGCUUUGAAUAAGUCAGCUGGAGACUCUUGCAGUCUCAGCUGGGGGAAAGAUGUAGGGCUGUGCCUUUUAAAGAUUCCAACAAAAAUGUGAGAAGACAAUACAGAUGAACCAAAGAUGUCA